AUGUGGCAGAGGAAUCAGAUCUCUCCGGCAGAAUUUACCCUUGAAGGGCUCUUCAGUGACUCUCUCACCCAUCGUUUUCUUUUCUCCUUGACCACGGCUGUCUUCCUCGUUGCAGCGAGUGGCAACACCCUCCCCAUUCUCCUCACCUAUGCUGACCCCUAGCUUCACACAGCCAUGUACUUCCUGCUCAGUCAGCUCUCCCUCCUGGACCUGAUACCUGUCUCCACAGCCAUCCCUAAGAUGUUUACCAACUACCUAUCUGGCAAGAGGUCUGUCUCCUUUGUGGGCUGUGCAACCCAGCAUUGUUUCUGUUUGUCUCUGGGUGGUGCCGAGUGCCUUCUCCUAGCUCUCAUGUCCUAUGAUCUCUAUGUUGUCAUCUGUCAUUCACUGGAUUAUUCUGUGCUCAUGAACAAAAGGAUGAGACUGAUGAUGGGUGUCAUGUCAUGAUUGGGGGCAUCCAUGAUUUCCCUAAUUCACACCGUGAUCUUGAUGUACUUCCCUUUCUGUGGGCCUUGGGAAAUCCAUUACUACUGUGAGUUCCCAGCUGUUGUAAAGUUGGCAUGCAGUGACGUCUCUGUUUAUGAGACCACAGUAUACCUUGGCAGCAUCCUUCUCCUCCCCAUCUUUCUGGUUUCUACAUCCUAUGUCUUCAUCCUCCACAGUAUCAUUCAGAUGUGUUCAGCUGGGAGCAAGAGAAAUGCUUUUGCCACCUGUAGUCCUCACCCCAUUGUGGUUUCCCUCUGGUUUGGUGCCUGCGUCUUCUCAUACGUGAGGCCCAGGUCCCAGCGCACUCCAUUGCCAGACAAGGUUGGUUCUCUCUUCUGUAGCAUCAUCGCUCCUUUGCUGAGUCCUCUGAUUUAUACUCUCCGGAAUAAGGAUGUCGCUAAGGCUCUGAGGGGAGUGCUGAGGAGAGGUAUUAACACCCAGUGA